AUGGCGUCGCUCGCGCGGUCAUCCAGAUUGACCUUGCUACGCGCUACUCGCUGCUUCUCGACUUCACGCACGCGCUACUACGCUUCAAUACCGUAUACACGGACAUGUCCGUCGCCGACAUGCGAAUGCGCCUCGGUGCCUGCAGACCUGGACAUUGACCGCAAGACGCCGCUGCUCAAUACCAUGGCUCCGUAUGCUGAGCAAGUGAUAUUUUGCACGGGCAAAAAGGACUGGGUCAGCAACAUUGAGCAGGAAGAAGGCGAAACGGGGGAUUUCGUCAAGGGACUCAAGAGUGUAAUUGGAAAGGGUGCACCUGGAUUUGAUCCCUUCACCAAUGUCCUCAUCACCGCAUCGUCACUACCGAAAAGCUCGACACCCAACACCACCACCGCACUGCUAUUCCCGAGUUUCAAGCGGAUAUCCGCGAUCCCGCACACGGGUGCUUCACUGUCGGACUUUGCGACUGCAUACCUGAAAGCGCGCUGCUUGCACCCCAUGCAUGAUGGGCUGUCUGCGGAGCAAAAAACGCAGCUACUUCGCGAUGAGACCAGGGCCGCGCUCCUGCCACCCGCCGAGGAUAUCACCAAACCCACCAUCUUAAUCUGUGGACAUGGCGGCCGCGACCAGCGCUGUGGCGUGCUGGGUCCGCUGCUGCAAUCGUCGUUCCGCCGUGAGUUGCAGCGGAGAGGCAUCCAUGCUGAUGUGGGGCUGAUAAGCCAUAUCGGGGGACACAAGUAUGCGGGCAACAUCAUCGUGUAUGUGCCGCCUAGCAUGGCGGGUAACGCGCUCAAAGGGUCGGGGGUGUGGUAUGGACGUGUGGGGCCGGAACAGGCCGAAGGCAUCGUGGAAGAGACGUUGGUCAAUGGACGGGUGAUUACAGAUUUGCUGAGAGGCGGUGUUACGCAGGAUGGGGGUAAUAUUGGGAGGAUAGUUGAGGCGCAGAUGAAGAGGGAGAGUGUAACUUGA